AUGGCCACUGCGAUCUACACACACCAGCCCCCGGCCAACUACUCCUCCUACCACGCCCUCGCCCCCCAGCACCACCAAUACCCCGCCGCCUCCUCUUCCGCCGCCUCCUCUUCCUCCCACCACUCCUCCUCCCACCAUCCUUCAUCCUCAUCCAAGUCCUCAUCCAAGUCCUCGAAGAUGCACAAAGAGUCACGUGAAGCGAGGGAGCAGCGGGAGAUGCGCGAGCGCGGAUACAGGCUGUGCGACCAGUGCGGCGCCGUCGAGAACCCGGCCGUCGCGCGCUUCAGGCUCUGCGGGGGAUGCAUGACGACCCAGUACUGCUCGCAAGACUGCCAGAAGGCGCACUGGGCAGCCCACAAGGCGCUCUGCCAGCACACCGUCGCCCAGCAACACCCCUCCUCUCACUCCUCUCUCCAGCACUCCUCUCCGCACACGCACACGCACGGCCACGGCCACGCCUACGCCUACACCCCCGCGCACGCCGCGCAGCACGAAGCCACCGUCGCCGCCCUCCGCAAGUACACCUCCGCGCACAGCGCCCUCCUCGGCUGGGCCGGCUUCCAGGCGCUCCGCCUCAAGAGCGUCCCCGCGAACAUCCGCCACAGCGCGCUCGUCGUCAACCUCACCCCUACUUCCCAUCAUCAUCAUCAUCACCCCAACAGUUCAUCGUCGUCGUAUAACAACAACAGCAGGAACGCAUUCGCAUUCCACUCGACGCAGAUCCGGCCGCUCGCAGCGGUCCUCGCCGACCCGCUCAUACUCGCCGACAUCGCGCGCCGCGCACAGCGCUCGCGCGCGGCGGGCGGCGUCGGGUGUCUCAUUGUCGUGCUGAAGGUUCUGCCGCCUUCUUCCCAUUCCCACUCCCAUUCCCAUUCUUCUUCUCGCUACGGUGAAGGAGGGUAUAACGGUGGUGAGGGGGGAGAAUAUGGGGGAUAUAACGGUGAGGGAGAAGGAGGAGAGGGAGGAGAGAUCAACCAGGUCGUGCCCGUGGAGGUCGACCGCGUGGAGGGCAUCCGGUGGGCGGAGCGCGCGGACUGGGAGGCCGUGCUGCGCGAGGCGCUCGAGAGCGGGCGCGAGUUCCGCGUGUAG